UGUUUACAGCUAUUUACUUAUUUUUGAAAUAAUUGUGAAUCGAUAGAAUGAUAAAUGUUUAAAUAAUAAUGUCCAAAUGAACAUAAUAACAACAAUAAUGUUAAACAUAAUGGCGAUAAUGGCAACACAGAAGUGCGCUAUUAGUAUACAUAGACACACACACACACAGUUAUUGUCACCUAAUAAGUGUCAAUAGUUAUAUCGAUAACAUGGCCUUAAAGAUAACAUGGUUGAUAAUAUAAAGACGAUACCAGUAAACAGGAGUGAAGCGCUAUUAAGUUAAUUCUGGAUGAUAUGAAAUUAUACAUUUCAAAAUUGACAAUUCAAUUAACAUUUGAUUUUGAAGAUAGACACGAGUAAGAUGAGAGGUGAAAACAAGAAUCAUCGUUUUGGCUUGGAUCAUUUCAAGGUUAUGUCCAGUUUAACCAACAACUUUCAUAUUCAAGUGGCUUAAGCGUCAGUUUAUCCUUCCCUCCUCGACCUCCUCCUCCUCCUCUUGCGUCUCCUCAAUCCGCCCUGAGCGUUGUUAACUCUCAACAAAGUGGAAACAAAAAGGAACCUAAAUCCGUCUUUUGUUAAACCAUCAGGAAAAGCUAAGCAAAAUAAAACAAGCGAACAAGUAAAGGGAAAAGACGCUAAAAAAGCUGAUGACGAUGGAAAACAAGAAGAUGGUCAAAAGACUCUCAAGGAGUUAAGUUGAUGGGACUCCUUACCUUUUCCGACCCUAAGGCCACUUCUUCCUCCCUUCCCUCCUUCUCUCUCUCUCUCUCUCCCUCUUUACAUUAUACAAGACAGCAGAUUAUACAAAAGAUUUUGAAACGUUUAUUUUAUAUUUGCAUAUCAAUUAUUUUCAAUGGCUUGAAAACUUGACUGAUUUGGGCGCACUUAGAAUCAUAAUAUUUACAAAGACCAUUGAGUUAGGACUCAAUUAUUGGCCCAUUUACUAUCUAGUUAUAUUACGACGACGAAAAUUCAUCCAUGACUGUCGAUUUUUAGUGGUUGGAGAGAGAGAGACAGAUCUGUGAUAUAUCCCUAGAGGAGACAAACAAAAGGAUUUUCUCGGAUUUCCCUGGGCGGGAAUAUCUUCAUCUUCUUGCAGUAUAAAGACGAUUUCGAGGAUGAAAAAGAAGAUAGCAAUGCUGAUGAUGGUAAACAUAAAUUUAAAUGAUGGAUUCAUUGGUAGCAAAUAUGAUUCGAUUGUCGAGAGCAUGAAAGAUUCAUGGAUUCCAAUGUGCUCCAUCGUGAUUUUACUCAUCGUAAUACUCAGGGUUCAUUCUGUAGCCUGAUAUCAAUGAUUAUGAUGAUACUCAAGAUAAGAUAUAUCAUUUACCAUGUAUAUCUGAUUAUAAUCAUGAUUGUGUACACAAAUAUACAGCAAACCUCCAUGUAAACCUUGAAUCAACAGGAAGAUCCAACCUUUGCACAGCCAAUUUAUUUACCUUUCCGGUUAUAUCGACUUACAGGCUCGCAAUAAUUUUCAUCGUCAAACCAAAAAUUUUGCUCCAAUCGAUGAAAAGAACAAAACUGUGAAGACAAAGGCAUUGCAAACUGACCAAUUAACCGGCCUUUAAAUAUUGAAACUAAAAUGCGGAUCUCAUGAAACAGCCAAACUAAUGACUUGAUGGCCACCAAAUGACUCUGAACAGAUUCAAUUGACCGAAAAGAUUGAGAAGUGAGAAAAAAAGGAAUCCCAAAAAGCAACAUUUCAUUACCAUCUCAAUAUUCAAAUUUCUCACCAUUUCCACAACUUGUCUAUCUUCAUCAUCUUCUUGCUCUUACUUUUACCUUGUUUUUUGAACUGGCAAAAAACUCCACCUCAACAAUCCCUCGAUUGGUUAUAUAAUGGUCUAAGGCGUGACCCAGUUUUAAACGCAACCGUAUUGAAGAACCGGCUUUACUCGAAACUCCCUCUUUCCGCUAAUAUCAAGAAUAAUAUCAUUAUCAACUUUAGCAACAACAAAAACCACCAGCACCAACAACAUCAACAACAGCAACAAUAAUAAUAAAAACGACGACAAUCAUCGAUAAUAAUCUGUUUCUUAAUCCAAAAUUGAUACAUCACCACCACCAACAACAGCAACAACAUCGUCUGUCAAACCCUUUUAACUCAACUUAAGCCGUGUUCAUCGUAUUUCUCUGUUUCAUGGGCUUGUAAAUAACAUCAUCAUCAUGAAGAUGGUUUCCUGUGAAGGUUGUGCUCAGCCCAUUAAAGACCGCUUCUUGGACAAAAUACUUGACCGUACUUGGCACACUUAUUGUGUUGCAUGUUUUGAUUGUAAAAAUAAGUUAACGGAAAAAUGUUACUCUCGUGAUGGCAAAUUAUUUUGUAAACAAGAUUUCUUCAAACGAUUUGGUAAAAAAUGCGCCCGAUGUUCACAAGCAAUAUUUCCUGAAGAUUAUGUUCGUUGGGCUCGAAACAAUGUUUAUCACAUUCGAUGUUUUACUUGUGUUGAUUGUCAUAAAGAAUUGUCAACAGGAGAUGAACUUUAUAUUCUUGAUAAUCGUUUACUUUGUAAAAGAGAUUAUCUAACAACAAGUCGGCAUAGUCAAGGUAUUAAAUUAGAAUCACCAUCAGAAGCUGAUCUAGAGGAGUCAAUGAUUUCACCCUCUGAAUCUGAGCAUUUACUUGGUGACUCUGACUGUGAAGAUAAACUGCUUGGAAGCACUUCCAUCCCUGGUUUAUCCUCUUUAACCGGAUUAACUCAUUACUCAUCUUCAUCCUCCACUCGACCACCCUCAUCCGGCAAUGGAUCAGGUCCACCUUUAGGCCUUUCAUGUAAAAGUUCACCCAUGUCUGCAUCAUCCAGUUCAGUCUCUGAAUCAGGUCUUACCGGACCUUUAAGUGACACCUUAACCGUUUCAUCUCCUUUAAACUGUAACGGAUCGGGAGGUGGUGGCGGUGGUCCACCCUCAAUCCUUGGUAUAACCUCAAUUACAUCGGGAGUUGCGUUAACUGGUAGUUCCACAAAUAACAAUAAUAAUUCAAAUAAUAGUAAUAGUAGUUGUAGUAAUAGUAAUAUUAAUAAUAAUUCUAGUAACAGAGAUAAUAUUUCUAAUAGUAAUAAUAGUAAUAGAGAUAGCAAUUCAUCAAAUAAUAGUUGUAAUAAUGCCAAUAAUAGUGAUGAAAAUACACCGGGAACAAAAAGAAGAGGGCCGAGAACAACAAUUAAAGCCAAACAAUUGGAAACACUUAAACAGGCAUUUGCCGAUACACCAAAACCCACAAGACACAUUCGUGAACAACUUGCUAAUCAAACUGGCCUAGCAAUGAGAGUUAUCCAGGUUUGGUUUCAAAAUCGCCGUUCCAAGGAGCGUCGAAUGAAGUCUGCAGGUAUUCACUCUCAUCGGCGCGGUUUCAUGAGGAAUCCUAGAGGCAGAGGUCCAAUGCGUUCAUUAGGACCAGGCCAGCCUUUUGAUAGUAUCGAUGAUUCGGCUGAUAUACCUCAACGUUUUAGUUAUUAUUCAGAAUCAAGCAAUCCUGGUGAUGCUUAUGGUUAUGGUGGUCCAGCAUCACACCAUAGUCCAGGGUUUUAUGAAUACAUUAACCAAGGGCCUGCUAAUGGUGAAACCAAUCCCGAUUUAAACCAAUUUCCCGGUAUGUUUAACCCAACAGGACCAGAUAAUUUUUCAGGAUCCCAACCACCUCCUGGUAUUCAUGAGACUGGCUCAGUUCUUAGACCGUCAGGUUUACCUUUUGGAUCACUGGGUCCAACUGGUGGUCCUGAUGGUCAUCCAAGUAGUCAUGGUUCAGCUUCUGGAAACCUUGAGUUUAUAUCCUAAAGCUAAUGAAAAGUGACUUGUAAUUUUUUGUCCUCCCUUUCAUUUCAUAUCCUCGACUCAUGAUUAAACUUUCAUCUCAUUUACAUUUAAAUCACAAAGAUGAUGAAGUUUUAAACAAUCAAGUCUAAUUGUUGUCACCCAUUUGACUGGACCAGUCGAUCACCUUUUAGUUGAUUUUGUUACCAUGGGAAUAUCAAAAGAACCAGAAGGAAAACACAAACCUGAAUCAAACAAAAUGAAAUUCACACAAAUUUAACCCGGAUAAUCUGGUUGUUUAUCGAUAUGAUGGAUAAUGAAUUUCUUUUAAAUACUUAUGACUAUGUUAAUCUUACCUGAUAACUUAACUUAAUAAAAAAUGAUGACGAUUGUAAUAAAACUCACUCAAACACAUAUUAAACAUAUUCAACUGUUUAAA